UUUGAGUAACAGAACUUCUUGAAAAUUUGAAAGUCAUUCCAAGGUUUAUAGUAAAUACGAAUAGUAGUAACUGUAACUCAUCCUACAAUAGUUUGAUUGGUCGACGAAAUACGGUUCAUCAUGGAGUACGUCGAUGCUGCAAAAAGUGAAAGCAACGACAAAUCGUGUAACUCGACUUCUUGUGCUGAAUUGCUAUCAAACACAAAUUCUAAUGAAAAUUUAUUGGUAGAAACGAAAGAUUCAACGUCAAAACAUGAGAUUGAAAAUAUACAAAAGAUAGAUAAUAAUAUUGCAACUACCUCGCAAAAUCCACCCCAAGAGAAUAUAGACUUUAAAGUGGUAUAUAAUAAGCAAAGGAUUAAUAUAAAUUUUCCACUUGAUGGCACAGUGGCGGAAUUAAAAACUCAUCUCCAAAAUAUCAUAUCUGUGCCACAAGCUAUGCAAAAAGUUAUGAUUAAAGGAUUAGCCAAAGAUGAACAAACAUUAAGAAAUUUGGGGGUUACAAAAGGUGCCAAAGUCAUGGUAGUAGGGUCAAAACUAGAUGAUGUAUUAGCCAUUUCGAUUCCAACCAAACAGGAUUUGUCAGAUGAAGCUGCUUCCGCUACAAAUAAAGAACCUUUAUCUCAGCAAAAAAUACAUAGGAAAGUAUUAGAUAAAGGCAUACCUGAUGAUGUGAUGCCUGGUAUAUUAGAUAGUAAGGAACCUCUACCAGAAUUUCCAUUGGCUGGCAUGUUAAAUAAAUCCGGUGGUAAAGUUAGAUUAACAUUUAAAUUGGAGCAAGAUCAGCUUUGGAUUGGUACAAAAGAAAGGACAGAUAAAAUACCUAUGAAUUCCAUUAAAGGUGUACACAGUGAACCAAUACAUGAUCAUCCAGAGUAUCAUAUCAUGGCUAUACAGCUAGGCACAACAGAAGCUUCGAGAUAUUGGAUAUAUUGGGUUCCUGCACAGUACAUAUCGGCUAUAAAAGAUGCUAUUCUUGGCAAGUGGUGCUACUUCUGAUUGAACAUUGAUGAAAAUUUUGGUCUAUUCGAAAACAAAGCGUAAUCAGGUGUAAGCAUUGAUACAAACACGACUGUACUAGUCACACGUUUUUAACAGUAAGUAAUAACUUAUUUUGCGUUGGAUAAUAACUGAUAUGUUUUAAUAAAAAUAUUCUCUCUUUCUGUUAAAGAAAUUUCCUUAGACGAUUUUUAAUUUUAUUAAAAAUAAUAACAAAGAUAUUUUAUAAAAAUUGAUAUAAUCAUUGUUUCUAAUAGCAAAAAAGAAAUGUUUAUACAAUAUUACGAUUUCCGAAUUAUUGAAAUCUUUUAAUACAUUGAAAUAAUGCUGUAACUGUAACCUUAUUUUCUGUGAAUUAUAUCAUGUAUAAGACUUGUAAAUAUAAUAAGUUUUUUAACUAUUAUAAAAAUACAUUUACAUUUAAAAAAAAAACAUUUUAUUAUCUUAGGAAAAAAAUUGUCAUUUAAAUGAACAGAUCAAAGAAUUUCAGCUUUUCUGUUUAUUUAAAUAGAAACACUUGAAUCUUUAAAAUAAAAGUGAAAUGUUUGUAAAAUUACAUUUGUAGGAGGAAGUGAAGAAAGAAGUUAUGAUGUUGCAUUUACAAUCUUUUGAAGUUCGUCGAGAAAUUAUUCAACUUUUUACUAGAUUUAAUGACAUUAAAUGAGAAAUUAAAAUAAUUUAGAGACAGAUUGUUUCAAAUCUGUUUUUAUAAAUGCAAUUUAUGUUCAUUAUUAAAACUGAUUUUAAAAGUAUUAGGUUCCAAAACAAAUACGUUGCAAAUUUGAUUCGAUUAAAAAAAAACAAAAGAGAACGAAAUUAUAAACAUUUAUUAGGUUACAAUGAGCUAAGUUAUCAAGAAAUAUAGUCCGCAUUUAACACGAAUAAAAAAAAAAAUGCAAUUCAGUACAAUGAGUGGUACUGUUCGAUUAUGAAACAACGAAUUUGUCGAAAUACAUUUGAUAUUGGCCUAUAUGUAAGACGUAUGAUAAAAAUUGGUCAGGGCAAUUAAGAAUCGUCAGAAAUUUCGCUGUGUAAUAGAAUUCAAGUGGAUUGUAUAUCUCGACGAGCGUAAGUUAAAUUAUUACGUAAUGUUAGUAUUAUAAGCUACUGUAAAUUAGGUUUUAUACUGUAUAACAUGUACAACUGAAGAAAGGAGAAUCCAGAAAAACGACAAAUCAAACUUGUAUUUACCGUAAUAUCUACAUGGAAUUCAUAACUAUUUGCACAUUCGAAAAAUUAUUUCAGUGUCCAUUUAAAACAAGACUUGUACAUCAUGUUGUGUGAUUUGAUAAGAAUAAACAAUUUUAAGUCUUC